GGCGGCCCGGGAGGUGCCGGUGUUGGUGCCUUGUGUUGAGUACCGGGAGCUUUGUGGAACUUUUUUAUUCGAAACCGAGCUUGAGAGGUACUGAUAUAUUCCAUAUUGCUGAGUCUUCUAACAGCAAAUGAAGAAUAUGUAUCUGUUCCUCAUUUCCAUUUUAUAUUUGCUUUUGAAAGUCACUGGCACCAAAGAGAUUAUAUUUGGUCAUAAUAAUUUCACAGAAUAUCAAGUAGGUAACAUGAACCUGAUUCUCUCUGUCCCACAUGGUGGAUCAAUGGAACCCAAAGACAUCCCUGAUCGAGAGGCUGGCUGUUGGGAUGAAAAGACAUCCUCUUGUAUUUUCUGUCAUGAGUGUCCUCUUGGAAGUAUUAAAAAUUCUAAGAAAUGCAAAGUAUCUACCAAUCAAGACAGGUACACGAUAGAAGUGGCUCGGGCUCUUGCUGAAGAAAUCAAGAAUAUCACUAAUGGCUUCUUCCCACAUAUCAUUAUCAACCACCUACAGAGGUUCAAGAUGGAUGCUAACAGGGACAAGGCUGAAGCCUCCUUUGGAAUUCCCCAAGCAGAGCAUGCAUGGGAGGAGUAUAUGGGAUUUUUGACUGCUGCAAAAUCGCGGAUGACAGGGGGCUUGAUUCUGGACAUCCAUGGACAAGCACAUCCUGAACAGUGGAUAGAAUUAGGUUACACACUUUCAAAAACUUCCCUUAAUUCAGGCAUCUAUUCUGCAUCAUUUUCCUCAAUUAGCCAUCUAGCCAGUCAGCUAGUCAACGUGUCUGCUGAAACUUUGGUUGCAGGGAACAGAAGUUUGGGUAACUAUAUUGAAGAACAAAAGCACAGUUAUGUUUGUGUGCCUUCUCCAUCCAAUCCUAGCCCAAAUAAUGGGAGCUAUUAUGCUGGUGGAUACAUAGUAAAGACUUUUGGUUCCCAAAGUUCUGGCACAGUUGAUGCCAUUCAGCUGGAACUACCCCAGUGGGUGAGGGCAGCUGAAGAACGCUCCAGGUUUUGUAAAGCAUUAGCAAGGGCUGUAAUGAAAUUCUGGCAAACUAACUACUGCAGUCAGUACAACCAGGAAUUUCUGCCGUGCUGAAAGAAGUUGUUCUGCUAAGAUGCCAUUCCAUAAUGCUGUAAUGAUCUGGAACAACAGAACAGCUGAUGCACCUGGAGCAUUUAAGCCUGCAAGGUAAUUGUGGAUGCUGGUGGAAAGAAGAUAAUCUGCAAAGGAGUCCAUUAACAUAGAUAAAAUCCACAGCUAAUACCAUCAAGUCCAUUAACACACAGCUAUGUACUCGAGCCAGCAUUGAAAAGACUGCUUGAAGAUGAGUGGGUAUAUUGGGAAGUAUCACUUGCCUGGCAUGCUUUUCUCUGUUUAAUUUCUUUCUAGUAGCAUCCUCUGUUCUUUAGCAUACAA